UUGGAGACGGGGAACUGAGGAGUUGCUCAACACUUCCAGGAACUUCCUCCUCCCCCACCGGCCUUCACCUUUUGUUCCCUAACCUGGGCCAGUUCUCUCGCAGGUCCCAGAUGUCCAGUUCCAGAUGCCUGGACCCAGAGUGUGGGGGAAAUUUCUCUGGAGAAGCCCUCACUCCACAGGCUGUCCAGGCGCAAUGUGGUGGCUGCUCCUCUGGGGAGUCCUCCAGGCUUGCCCCACCCGGGGCUCCAUCCUCUUGGCCCAAGAGCUACCCCAGCAGCUGACAUCCCCCGGGUACCCAGAGCCGUAUGGCAAAGGCCAAGAGAGCAGAACGGACAUCAGGGCUCCAGAGGGCUUUGCUGUGAGGCUCGUCUUCCAGGACUUCGACCUGGAGCCGUCCCAGGACUGUGCAGGGGACUCUGUCACAAUCUCAGCCAGCGGGUUGGAUCCAAGCCAGUUCUGUGGUCAGCAAGACUCUCCUCUGGGCAGGCCCCCUGGUCAGAGGGAGUUUGUAUCCUCAGGGAGGAGUUUGCGGCUGACCUUCCGCACACAGCCUUCCUCAGAGAACAAGACUAUCCACCUCCACAAGGGCUUCCUGGCCCUCUACCAAACCGUGGCUGUGAACUAUAGUCAGCCCAUCAGCGAGGCCAGCAGGGGCUCUGAGGCCAUCAGCGCACCUGGAGACAACCCCGCCAAGGUCCAGAACCACUGCCAGGAGCCCUAUUAUCAGGCCGCGGUGGCAGGGACACUCACCGGCACAACCCCAGGGACCUGGAAGGACAGACAGGAUGGGGAGGAGGUUCUUCAGUGUAUGCCUGUCAUGGACGGCCAGUUUACCCCCAUUGCUCAGAAUCAGACGACCCUCCUGCUCUCUUCCAGAGCGCAAGUUGGCACCUCCUGGCAAGCCUUCACCAGUAUCCAUGGCCGUGGGGUGGGGGCCUCUGGGUGAUGAUGGAUCCUCACAGCCGCCCACACCAUCUACCCUAAGGACAGUGUUUCCCAGGAAGAACCGAGGAAUGUGUUCCUGGGCCACACAGCCAUAGAUGAUGCUGAAACUGGGGGAAACCACCCUGUCCGCCGUAAUUGUGCACCUGACUACCGUCAGAAUGAGUCCCACAACUUCAGCGACAUCAUUUCUGAGUUGCAGCACAGCAUCCCGCUGCCUCAACAUCCUCCUUCCUGCCUGCCCGAUCAUGAGACUCCUCACCGCAGUUUGCUGGCCACAUCAGUGGGUUCAAGUGGAGAGAUGGGCUGGCUAACUACUGAGUUGAAAUACUCAAGGCUGCCUGUAGCUCCCAGGGAGGCCUGUGAGGCCUCCCUGAAAGACAGGAGGCCCGAGGUGUUUCACAAUAUGUUCUGUGUGUUGGGACGAGACGCAGCGCACAGUGUCUCAGGGGACAGUGGCAGCGUCUAUGGGUAUGGGACACUGUGGUCUGAACACCGGGUGGCCACGGGCACGUGGUCCUGGGGCAUAGGAUGUGGCUAAGAUGACUUCUACACCAAAGUGCUCAGCUACGUGGAAUUGAUCAAGGGAGGAGUGAACAGCAAGAACUGA